CUGCCCUAGGUUGGGGUUAGAGGUCAGGUGUUUGGUAAGAGUUUGGUAACAUUGGGAGCUCACAUUGGUGGCCGAGUGCUUUUGAGCUAGAAAUAUCCCACCAACAUGCUUUCAAGGUUGGCUACAGGCGGUGGUGUAUUUGGCAGGAGCUGCUUUCGUCUUUGUGCAUCGCCAGGCGCGGCUACAAGACAUCUACAGCAGAUCUCAAAGUUGUCGGUUGGUGGCAGAGGUGUGGGUGUGACCCUUCACACAGGAGCUGCACUCUUCUCUGCACCAGUAAGAUGUAGAGGCUGGAACACGGCAACACUGUUAAAACUAGCAGCACCCAAACAGAAUGCUUGCAGGCUUGCACAGCUCAGACAGACCACAACAGCAGCUGGUGUAGCUGCUCCUGUAACACAACAGAUUCCAGCUCGGGCUCAGAAGAUUGUUGGGUCAUGGCUGCUGGUCUCAGCAGGGAUGGUGUUUGGAGCUGUGGCCAUUGGAGGGCUCACGAGGUUGACCGAGUCAGGUCUGUCUAUGGUAGACUGGCACCUAAUCAAGGGGAUGAAGCCACCUCAAACUCAGCAGGAAUGGGAGGACUAUUUCAAGAUGUACAAGGAGACACCACAGUGGAAGUAUCAGAAUCGUGAGAUGACCAUUCAGGAGUUCAAGUUCAUAUUCUACAUGGAGUGGUUCCAUCGCAUGUGGGGCAGGACCAUCGGUCUGGUGUUCUUCCUCCCAGCAGCUUAUUUCUGGAGGAAGGGCUGGGUCAGUAAAGCCAUGAAGCCCAGGCUGGCAGCAUUCGGCUCGCUUCUUGUGUUUCAGGGUCUGCUUGGUUGGUUCAUGGUGAAGAGUGGACUGGAGGAGCCAGGAGAUGACAUCCCCAGAGUUAGUCAGUACAGGCUGGCGUCACACCUCGGCUCAGCCUUCCUGCUGUAUGUGGGCCUGCUGUGGACUGGACUGCUGCAUGUGCUGCCUAGGCAGAAGUUUGAGAUGACGAGUCAGAUGAGGCAGCUCAGCAAGUAUGCACAUGGAACCAUGGCUCUGGUCUUCUUCACUGCACUGUCAGGUGCCUUUGUAGCAGGGCUGGAUGCCGGUCUUGUCUACAACUCCUUUCCUAAGUUUGGGGACAGAUGGAUUCCUGAAGACUUGUUCAACUUUGACCCCAAGUGGAAGAACAUGUUUGAGAACCACACCACUGUCCAGUUCAACCACAGAAUACUGGGCACCACCACAGCUGUUGCCAUCCUGAGUUUGUGGGUGUGGUCCCGGAGACUGAGGCUCACUCCCCGCGCCAGCCUGGCUCUCAGCUGUAUGGCUGGCAUGUCUGUUGUUCAGAUCUCCCUUGGCAUCGGCACCCUUCUCCUGUACGUACCCACAUGGCUGGCCUCCACUCAUCAGCUGGGAUCGCUCACACUGCUGUCCUUCGCUGUGUGGCUCGCAACAGAACUCAAGAAACUCCCCAAAUAAAAACCUAGGCUUCUCUCACAGCAGGAAUGUCCAUCACAACUUGCGCGCAAAUUCCUUUCAAAACAGAUACAUUGUACAUGUAUGGUCUGCUAAACCAUGUCAUGAACUCAUGACCUUCCUGGCCAUUUGAUGCCAUGAUAAUGCUACGCUGGCAUAGUUUGGUAUGAGCUUAUCAGAAUCUCUAUUAGUGAUACAAGCACAAGUCCAUACUGGCCCAUUCUAAAUGGCAGUCAUACUGAUUCUCACAUACAGUAAUGAGACUUAACAUUUUGCAAUGUGAAUCUAUUCAACAUAAUGCGGAAAAUCGAGAAUGUGUAAUCUUCAGUUUUUGCUGUGACUGUGUAUAUGCUUUUGUGCUUUGUGAUGUUAACAAAAUCAUGAACAUUGAGGACAUCUUGCAGUGGUUGUGAUACUUGCAGUAAGUUAGGUAAAAGACUUAUAAAGGUAUGUUGUAUAUAUUGCAGUGAUAUUAUCAAUGCAAAAUUAGGCCAUCUUUACUUCAGUGUAUUCAUGUCUACUGUGAACUCGGCCCAACCUGCUCAGACAGUGAUCGACAUGUAAGAGAGGCCACCGAGGCAGCCCGCAGCUGGAUUAGGAGAUGGAGUGAUAAGAUAUAAUGAUGAUGUCUACAGAAAUGUUACAUUUUAAUUGAAAGCUUUUCUGAACAACGAAAACAAUGUGUCAUAUGUCUCCGACUUGCUCAGUAUAUCAAACUUUAAAGGAAUUUAAGAAAUAUUGUGCAUUUUUUGGACUCCCUGUUAGCUUGGUGUGAUCUGUCAUUGUCAAGUCAGUCUGAAAAAAAAGAAGAAGAAAUAAUAA